GUGGGCAAGUGUGACCGACUGUACGGGUCUCUCUUGGUGGAAGACAGUGGUAGAGUGACAUCGUCCAAGCUUUACAAACCAACGUCAUGGAGGAAUCGAGUAGUUGACGUUUGCUGAAACCUUCUCUUUUAAGCUUUCUUCCGUCUGAUCAUUGCGCUCCUAAAGUGAGCUGUCCGUUUCGGGUUUAUCGACGUAUUCUAGAGUUUUUGUGAAAAAUGAAGUACAUCAUUGGCAUCGGCGGGGUAACAAACGGGGGUAAAACCACCCUCACCAACCGACUGAUCAAGAAUUUGCCCAACUGCUGUGUCGUGCAUCAGGAUGACUUUUUCAAGCCACAAGAUCAGAUUGAAGUUGAAGAUGGCUUUAAGCAGUAUGAUGUGAUUACGGCUUUGGACAUGGAAUCCAUGAUGAGUACCAUCAACGCUUGGCUGGAUAACCCAGUGAAGUUCGAGCGGUCGCACGGCAUCAACAACACUUUGGACACGGAGAUAGUCCCAGGGUCUGAGCAUAAGGAUGAGGGUGUUCACAUCCUUAUUGUCGAGGGCUUCCUGCUUUACACCUACGGACCAUUGAUCGAAGUACUGAACCAGCGUUACUUCAUUUCCAUUCCAUACGAAGAAUGCAAAAAGAGGAGGUGCUCAAGGAACUACACUGUGCCAGACCCGCCCGGUUUGUUUGACGGGCACGUCUGGCCCAUGUACGUGAAGCAUACGAACAUCAUGGAGGCGAGUGGCGUUGACGUAGUGAAACUAGAUGGAACAAAGUCUAAGAAGCAACUGUACAAUGAAGUCUACGGAGACGUGCAGAACCGCAUCCAGCAACUGCUCCAGUAAAUAAAGAUCAUGUGCGCUGAAAAGACUGAAGAACUUGUGUUCUGUAUCCAAGACAAGCACCACCUUGCCUUAGCAAAGUUUUGAAGUGGCAGCUCCUUUUUCAUACAAUAUCAACUAUUGUACAUUGUUUCCAUUGGCAUUAUGCUGGCUUUUAAUCUUUUUAUAUUGGUAUUUAUUGGCAAUUUCUUGCUUUGUUACAUGCCAACACAGUUCUUGUGGUUGCAUCUAGGGGCACUUGUCAAUAAAAUGACCCUCCAGUAAA